UUAAUAUAGUGUAUGGGUUAGAAUUAGCAAACGUCACAGUAAAUCACACUUAGUAAGGCUAGUGUUUUUUUUUUUUUCAGCCAACUUUUGUAUACAGAUAUGCACGCAUACUCACAGACACACAUAACUGGUAGAUACUCAUGCUGAGACUUUCUCAUCAAGAAGGUAACUUUGUUGGUACAGUUCCUUUUGCUCAAAUAUAAAAUGAACACGUGUUACGAAGGCAGACAUGCUGAAAAGAAUACAAGGAGCUCUUCCUUGUGACCUUCUGGAAUGCCUCUGAACACUUGGGAGCUAGUCUUUUGCCUUAACUUCAAAGACGUGUACUCCACCAAGCAUUUCUAUGGCCUUGUCAGCAAACCGGACAUCACUAGCGAUGGGAGCUUGAAUGGUGGCAGCAACUGCCCGAGACUGGGCUCCAGAUGACUCUCCUGGGCGUGACCUUCAUGAAGGGCAACUGCUGUGCUGAGGAGCAGAUCUCAGAAUUCCCGAAUAUAAUGGCGAUGCAGGCCGGGAGGAAGCACUUCCAUCUGUGGGAGCCCAGGAUGCUCAUGACCAGCGAUUUGGUGCAGCAAAAGUACCCCGAGUACCACCAGAAAUGCUCUUGCUAUGCGGGUGGCCCUCAAGAAAAAGCCUGUCACGCUGUCAAGUGCCUGUGGAGGGGGCCAGUGUGGGAUGGGUCACGUGUCAAGGAACUGCAGCCUGGCCUCUAACCAACAGCCAGCAGCAACAACCAAAACAACAAAACCACAAAAACUUCUGAGCGCCAUUGCCAACAAUGUGAGUGAGCUCAGAUUCAUCUCUAGGUUAGCCUUCAGAUGACCACGCAG